AUGAAACAAGUGUACUCAUAUGCUCCUUCAACAGAUUCAACAGAGAAGGAAAAGGCAGAUCAAGAAGAAGAAAACAAUGUCGAAAUCGGAUUGGUGGAGAGUUUCAACUCUUGUGAUAUUAGAAUUGGAUUUUUAAAAGAUUUUCCAAUUCAAGAUGAUUGUUAUGAAGGAUGGCUUGAAAAGAUGAAACAACAUCCAAAUUAUAAAAAGAGAUUUACUGUUUCUGGUGUUUUAGAACAUUCUGAACCAUCAUUAACCUAUCAACAGGAAAGGACUGCAAUUUUGAACUAUAUUGCUGAUGAGAAUGGUUUCACAGGAAUGGAAAGUUUUGGUGAUGCAGAUUAUGAACGUAUUUUUCAAAGAGAAUUUGUUGAAAUAAUGAGAUUGAAUGAUUUGGAAUUUUCACAAUUAUCUAAAUUAGUCAGACCAGCAUUUAAAAGAAUUGGAAUGUACUUGAGAGAUUGUUUAUUCAAUUUUAAAAGUUCACAUCAGUUAAUUAAUAGAGAUGAUAUAUUCAGACAUAGACUGAAAUGGAUUAUACCAUUAUCAGAAAGUACUUCCAUACGAAAUUUAUUACAUUUUGAUCCUUCUUAUGAGUUUGAUGAUGGUUUAAAAAUUAAUAGUGAUAUUUGUUUGGAGGAUUUAACUAAAAAGCAUAAAUUAUUCAUCAUGUUUUCACAUUCAAAUUUAAAUGAUGCAUUCAAUUCAGAGGAAUUUUAUAAAAUGAUUUCCCUCCUACUAUUAACUAUAACCUAUCACAAGUCAAAUGAUCCACAUUAUAAGUAUUUUGAACCUUCUGGAUUGAUUUGUUGUAGAACACAUGCUUAUUAUUUGAACUGUUAUUAUUCUUCAAUCAAUAUUAAUAUUUGUAAAAUAGAUUUACAGACAGUGAAUGGCAUGUUUGUACUAUUUUUUAUAAUUUCAAAUUUUUUUGGACACAGAGAUUGUGAAAGAGCCUAUUGUAGGGAAUUAAAAGAAUUAAAAAAUCCAACUAUUAAGAAAAAUAUUAAGGGAAUUGAAAAGAGUAAAAGAAUGAUUUUGAAUAGAAAAAUAGAGAACAAACCCUGUAUUCCACUUCUAAACAUUACAAAUUUAAUGAUGAAAAAUAACUAUAAAUAA